AUGUCAGAAGAAGUUGUUUCUCAUGCCCUUGAAACCAUUAUUGAAGAAGAACAUGUUGCACCAAAAGUUGAAAAAGUUAAUGACACAGAUUCUCAUAAUUAUCCCAAAGAAUAUAAGGAACUAUCAAGUCACCUAGUUUAUGAGUUACCUAAUGAGAAGAACCAGUUGGCAUGUAUUUCUGAUUAUGAAUGCCAAAAUCCCAUGAACAUUGUGGUUGAAUGGGCUUAUAGUUUAACCAUAUCUGCGUUUUGUAGGCUCUGUUGCGGUGCUACUUUUAUGUUUGCUGUCUAUACAUCUAGCCAUUAUGGUCUAGAUUCAGGAUUCUACAUGUCAUCUUUUACAGCAACAAUUUUCGUUGUUUCCCUUGUCACUCUUGGAGUUUUACUUAUUACUUUGCUGGUUUCUUUGGUGAUUAUGCUGCAAUCAUGUCAAAGUAAAAGUACUGGAGUUAUUGAACUUGUGAAUAUGAAUAAUUACUACAGUUAUUGCAGGGUGUAUUCUCUGCAUGCUGAGAUCAAUAGGUUAGAGAGAUAUGAUCUUCCAAACAUAUGUAGAGAUCUGACUAUACAUUAUAUCAAAGGAGGGCAUUAUGCCAAAGAGUUGAAUUUAAUUGUGUCUAUGAUCGAUGAUUACUUCAAGAAUCUGAGACCUUCAGACAAUGGUUUGGAUGUGGUGUUGUUGGAUAUAGAUGAUAUUGUUCCUCCAAAUUCGUAUCAGAGGUUUCAUAGGGACGGCAUUAGCAACUGUGUCAAAGAGGCAAAACAUGUAAAGCUCAUGUUUGUUUUAAGAUUAUACAUGAACCUUCAAACUGAUGGGUGGCCUAUAAUUUUGGUAUCAAGAGAACCUGAAACGUACCAAAAUGUCACCAUUAAUCAUCUUGUUUCUGCAGGAUUUAGAGGUUGGUCUUCCUUGAUGAUGAGAACAGAAGAUUCAGAGUCUACUAAAGGAAAUGAGUACUUUUCUAUGUAA